AUGUUGCGUGUGCACUGCGCCCCUCACUCGACUUACUCUCUUUCCUUUGACAUGUACCAUCUGUCAGCGCCUACGGCACGGCGAGAUACCACAACAGCCACCCCGAAAGUAUGUUCGGUGCCAAUGCAACAUGACACCUGCCUCCCAAGCCCGAGAUGA